ACAGACAUGGUGAGGUCUAAGCAUGCAGAUAAGCUGUGUUUUACCCACGCCCAAGUCAGACACAAAACAGCUUCAGAGAGCUACAGAACACUGGAUCUCUGAGUAAGUCACUUCAGAAAAUCUUCACAAUGUUCCUUGCUAAAGCUUUGCUGAGUGGAGGAAGUGGAGGAAGUGGUAAGAGUCGUGGAGGAAACCUUGUACGUGGCCUUGGAGGGCUCCUGACAGGAGGUGGAGGUGCAGGGAAUAUUGGAGGACUUGUUGGAGGUCUCGUCAACCUUAUAAGUGAAGCGGCAGCUCAGUAUAACCCAGAGCCACCUCCACCUCCUCGCAAUCAUUUUACAAAUGUGGAAGCUCAGGAGAGUGAUGAGAUCAGACAAUUUCGUCGCCUGUUUGCCCAGCUGGCUGGAGAUGAUAUGGAAGUGUGUGCCACCGAGCUAAGGGACAUCCUGAACAAAGUCCUCUCCAGACACCAAGACCUGAAGGCGGAUGGCUUCAGCUUGGACACCUGCCGCAGCAUGGUCGCCGUCAUGGACAGCGACACGAGCGGCAAGCUGGGCUUUGAGGAGUUCAAGUACCUGUGGAACAACGUCAAGAAGUGGCAAGGAGUGUACAAGCAGUACGACACUGAUCAGUCAGGCACCGUUGGGAGAGCCCAGCUGCCCAGCGCCUUGAGGGCUGCGGGGUUCCAGCUGAACGAGCAGCUGUGCCGGGUGAUCGUGCGCAGGUACGCCGCCGAGGACGGCAGCAUGGACUUCAACAGCUUCAUCAGCUGCCUGGUGCGCCUGGACAGCAUGUUCAGGGCCUUCAAGUCCCUGGACCAGGAUGGAAGUGGCCAUGUCAGAGUGACCAUUGAAGACUGGCUGCAGCUGACCAUGUAUUCGUGAAGGCAAAGAAGAGGCUUUGUGUGGAAGAUCCACCUGGAGGGCUGCACUCCUCUGCUACACUGCUGUGGGCUUGCCUUUAGUCUUUCUAGGGCAGAUGUAGCAGUAGAUGGCUUAGCUUCAAGUGUAGUGAUUCCUCUAGUGCAUGCACUAGUCUGCUUUUCUGAGGGGUUUCUGUAGGUUGUUUGGGCAGUUGCAAAAGCUAAGAAAAUUCUAAACUCUCAGGUUAGGGAAUAUAUUAGAAAGAUCAAAGCUUAUUUACUGUUUCAUGUAAAGUGGCUUGUACACUAGUAUAACUAUUACAUAAAAAAGCUCCCAAGUUUGGUGUUGAUGUUGCUGUUCUGGUUUGUCAGCAGUCACUAAGCUGGAAUAAAUGCUGUUUGCCUGAAGGCAGUCA